UUAAUCCAGUGUCACUUUUCACAAUGAAAUAAACCAUCCAGCAGUAUCUUGAAAUAAAGUGGAAAAAAACUACUGUACGUAACAAAGAAAUAUAUUGUACAAAGAAAUCAGAUGAAUAUAUGUAAAUUAAGAAUUGCAUAUUCCCUCCAAUGUUAAAUUGAAGCAUAUUCAGGUCAUCUGAGUCAAUCAGGUGACCUUUUGCCGUUGGUAUUCGUCCGAUGUCGUGCUCGGUGUGUACAGACAGUGACAGACAGACCAGCUGGAUUUUUUAUGUUUCCUGUUUUGCACACCUUUGAUGAAAUUAUCAAAUUAUUCAAUACAAAGAACUAGAAACUGAAUAAAUAAGAAACGACAAAAGCAUUAUUAUCUUAUUAGCAAAUGAAACCAUCUUGCGAAAUGUUCACAAGUUAGGUAAAUAUUAUCAUAAUACUUAUAUUUUUAUUGAUUUAGAUGAAUUAAGCAUAUCUUCCCUAUCUAAGACCAUUCGUUAUGGAAUCUGUGCAAUUUCUAAAACAAAUAUCUCAAUGAAUUAAUUCACAAUCAAAUUACUGCAAAUUAGAUUACACGUCAUUCCCCAUUGUCGCAAGUUACUGCUAUAAUGUACGCUCCUUUCGAGAGAGGGGCGUACAUUUCAGCCAUGGCUUAUGACAACGGUUCGACCGUCCCAAGGCUAACGGAAAAUAAAGACAAUUUUCUGAAUUUGUUAUGUACUUAUAUGAUAUAUACAUGUUCUUGAAGUGUAUAGAACACAAAUACAAUGCUACUAGAGAGAAAUUGUGAGUUAGUAAAUACGAUGGAUAAUAGUUCUUAUGUUCCAUAAUAGUUUUCCUUGCUUGUAAGUUAUAUAUAAACUAAAUUAAAAAAAAAACUGUACAAAAUGCUUUUUAGAUACAGACCAGAUGUAUGUCAUAUAUCAAUUAAAUCGUUAUCUUACAUGGUCGAAUUCCUGUUUCGAAAACAUUUUUUCUAUAUCUAAUUUUCAAACGUGUGCAAACCGGAAUCAAACCAGGAAUAUCUAUGUACCCAUCGGUGUAAACAUGACAUAUUACAAUUUCAUGCAUACAGUCUUUUGUUUUAGCAAAACUGGACAGCCUUAGUGAGAAGCCAUUUGAUGUAUGAUGGCCUCGCUACUCGCUUUAAUUUAAAGGUAAUACUUAUUUAACAUCCAUUAAGAGAGAUGCUUACAUGAUACCAAGAUAUUGAGAUACCAAUUUUGUGAUAAGGCAACGUUUAAAAUGUCCUUGUUUUGAUUUUUUCGAACAAAUGCUAUAUAGUCAUAUGUUGUGAAACUGUAAACCCAUUGUUUAUUUUUAUCAGUAUACGAAGGGUAAGAGUGAAAAUAGAACAAAUCAUUACUGUUUCAGUGUACGGUCAUGACACAUUGAUUUGUUUUUAUACUUACAACUGAUAUGUGCUAUUUUUGUUUUCGAAGUGUAAAUGGAUUCUAUCAGCGAUGAUUCAGUAUUAACAAAACCUACAUAUCAGAAUGGGGUGUAUGGCAAUCCUUGGGACUGUUAUCAGUGGCCUAGCUUUAAAAGAAUAUUCAGCUUUCUGUGGAAGCUACAUAUAACAUCAGAGAAAAUUCCAAGCAAACAGAUUUUAGAUCAGCGAUUGCCGGUGGAGAGACCGGAUUUCAACAAACUUUCCAAUCCCCCGACUUCCGGAAUCCAGACCACCUGGUUUGGUCACGCUACUGUCCUCGUGCAAUUCGACGGGAUUUCUAUACUCACUGAUCCAGUAUUUAGUGAAAGAUGUUCCCCAUUUUCCUGGAUUGGUGGAAACAGACGAUACCGCCCUGUUCCAUGCGAAGUAGAGGAGCUCCCAAAAGUUGACAUUGUUUUGAUAAGUCAUUCACAUUAUGACCACCUAGAUUACAGCUCUGUGCAAAAGCUAAAUGCAAAGUUUGGUGAUUCUUUACACUGGUUUGUACCUGUUGGAUUAAAAUCAUGGAUGAUUAGUACAGGAUGUCAGAAAGUGACUGAACUUUCAUGGUGGAAGGAAGUGAAGUUGGAGAAAAAGGAAGAAUAUUUAAUUGCUUUCACGCCCACACAGCACUGGUCAGGUCGUUCGUUAUUCGACAGGAACAAGAGUCUUUGGGGAAGUUGGCUGGUGAAAGGACAAAACAACACGUUCUUUUUCGCUGGAGACACGGGCUAUUGCGAAGAAUUCAAAAAGAUUGGAAAGAAAUACGGACCCAUAACACUUGCUGCAAUUCCAAUAGGUGCCUACGAUCCACGAGACUUUUUGAGACACCAUCAUGUUAGUCCUGAGGAAGCUGUACAGAUCCAGACAGAUGUCCAGGCCAAAUACUCAUUGGGAAUUCAUUGGGGCACUUUUAGAAUGGCCAUUGAGCCGUACGAUGAAUGUGUCGGAAGAGUAACACAGGCGAUAAGAGAGAGAAAGUUACAACCUGGAUCCUUUUUCACAUUAAUUCAUGGUCAUAUGGCUACAGUUGGGGAGAUAAUAAUAAUGAGGUUGAUUAAUGCAUGUGUGUAUAUUUUUUUAUCAUGUGUACAUCAAAUAUAGAAAAUACGUGUAUCUACAAUAUUUUCUACUUAAAUAGAUGCAUGACGGAGAUCCACACAUAGCAUGGACAAAAACGUAGGAAAGUCUGGAGCUAAAGUAACUUUUAAUUUCAAAACAUUACGUACAUUGUACUAUAAAGGAUAUUUAAUGACUUUAAUUAUGAUCGAAAAAUAAGAAUUGCAUGAGAAAGAGAUGGAGGAGGGUUGGUUUGUUACUCUAGUUUAUACUAAUUACUAGUUUGGUUUUUUGUUCAGGAAGUUGAAACUUCAGUCUAUAACCACGAUAAAGUUUGUUGAUUCUUUCA